CGUCAUCAGGACAUAACCGACAACUUGCACUGUGCUUAUCUGUUUGACUUCGGGAAAUCUCACUAUGUCGUUUGAGAGCCUACAUUCCUCGCGGAAAACGAAGGAAGCAAAGUCCUUCGUACAGAGUGCACCUGCACUGGCGGAUGUACACGGGCCAUCGCAAGAAGUAGGAGCACAAAACCCUCUUCACACAGGAGAAGAUAAAUCAUGCAAUUCAGUACAUGCACCCAUCAGCGACGCUGAACAGUUACCCCUUCAGCCAUUCCAAGUCCGUGAGUCGAGCAUAGCUGGCCGUGGCAUUUUCGCAACGCAAGCGCACAGACCUGGAAGUAUAAUCACAGCGAUAAAACCAUACGUCAGCGUGAUGUCUACACCGUACCUGGCGGAGUUCUGUACCAAUUGUAGCAGCCCUCCAAAAGAGUCGAUGAAGUUAAGAAGGUGCACGCGAUGUCGCGUAGUGUGGUAUUGCACAGACAAAUGUCAAACCAUCGACUGGAAUGUGCACAAGUACGAAUGCAAAGCUCUGCGGAAGUGGGAAGAGUCAGCACCCGCCACUGCUAAGGUGCCAAGUGAUGCACUCCGAUGUCUCGGUCGCAUGUUUUGUAGCUUCAAGCUUCAUGGUCUGGAUAGUGAAUGGACAAGGGAAAUAAAGCAGAUGCAGUCCCACAGGACUUCAUUACCGCCAUCUGCCUACGAGCCAUACACUCAUCUAGCGCAUUCCUUGAUCCGCUACCUGGGCGUUGAAUCGCCCCUCGAACUCGAACCCUAUGGCAUCAGGUCUACCGCAGACCUCGUUGAUUUCAUCUCCAGGUUCACGACGAAUGCCUUCACCCUGACCUCGUACACGCUCGACCCCAUAGGUGUGGCUAUAUCCCCUGUCGUCGCGGCUAUCAACCACUCCUGCGAUCCCAACGCGGUGGUAAUCUGCGACCAACCUCAUGAACAAGAGCCUCAGAUCAACUUGGUUGCAAUUAAACCCAUUGCCCCUGGAGAAGAGAUCGCCAUAUCCUAUAUCGACAUUACUCUGCCCCGCCAGGUCCGACGGAAGGAGCUCAAGGAAACGUACAACUUCGACUGCAAAUGCGUAUUGUGCUCUACGCCCCGCUACGAUGACCCGCGGACGGCAAUGUUUUGCCCUGCGCGAUGUGGCGGCCUACGCCCUGUCCCCACAGAAGGUGGCGGAUCUCCUUCAUGCAACAAGUGCAAGGCCAUAACGAAAAACCUCGAAGGCGAACUCGACGCUCUCAAUGUUGGACAAGAAGCCCUUGGAAAGGCUACCAUGCUGCAACAUACAGACCCACAGAAAGCUAAACAGCUCACGUCCAACAUCAUCCCCAUAUUGAACUCUGCUGGACUCGCUCCGUCAUGUCAUCCCCUUCUCGCCAUGGCUCGACUGCACCAAGAGCUUCUCAUCGCGUCUCUUCCCGAAUCCAUGACCCAGGAAACGCUCGACGAUACGAUCCGCACCGCGGCAAGGUAUGCCGCCGGGGUCUCGGCCAUACUCCCGGUGGGGCACCCAGUCCGCGGCGUCGCCCUCGCGGAACUCGGCAAGCUGCUCGCAGUUGACGAGCCGUCUCCGCCCUCGAAUAUGGCUGGCAGCGCAGACCGCUUCCCGCCAUCCGGAUCCGCGCGCCUGAAGCUCGCACACGAGACAUUGGUCAGAGCAAGGGAGGAGCUGUUGAUCGGGUUCGGGACGGAUAACGGAGGCGGGUUGGUCGGAAGGGAAGCGAGGGAGGCGAUAGUCCGGUUGGAGAAGGAACUGGGAGCGUGGACGCAGGGCAUCAACAAUGCGUUGGAGGAUGUGAAGGCUACAAAGACGGAUUUGCCGAGAACCUGCUAGCAUACCAUCAGCAGAUAUUGAACAUGAUAACACAUGAUUCAUGAGGACCCGCAUUUCGUUUUUGACGGUGGCCCGUUGUGGAAGGGAAACCCGGCUGAAGGCUGGAGUGACGCGUAGUGUCACGUUUCCACUUCUGUUCAAUGUUGGCUCCGUUGGCUGCCAUAGCG